UUUAAUAAUCAUCAUGGCGGAAUCCAUUCGCAAUGCUUGGGCCAAUGUCAUGCGUAGAAGAUUUAUAAGAUUAGGAAUACCGUUUGUUGUUUUUGUAGCUGGAGGUUCUUUUUUCUUGAAACAGUUUGCCAGCCUUCGUUAUGAAUUCAGAAAUUCAAAAAGGCUUUCAAAAGAAGAGGCGGAAGAAUUAGGAUUUAAAACUGUCAGUGUUGAUACAGAAAUUGAAAAAAUGUUAAAAGAAAUUGAGGAAAAAGACCUGGAUAACUGGGAAAAUAUUAGAGGGCCUAGACCCUGGGAAGAUUCAAAGUCUGUUCAGAUAGAAAGUAGAAAACUAUUAGAACAACAAAAGUCAAAGGAAGUUAAAAGCAGCUGAGCAAAGUUGUAAUGUGUACAUAAUGCAGAUGUAAUUCAAGGGAGGCUACAAGUUGAAUUUGUUUUUAUUGUGCAUCUUAUGAAACUUGUGUGUGAAUAAUGAUUGUAUUCUAACAUUACUGAUUACAAUUAUCUAGUGCAUUUUAAUCAGCAAGCUGCAAUGGCAUUUCAAUUCAAUAAUUGCAAAACUUUAAUAUUGAAGAAAUAUGCAGCAUGUGAUCGUUGACUUGAGUGCUAUGAGAGGUUAUGUACCUUGAGAGAUAAGGCACAUUUUGUAAUUAAAAUGAUCCUCAUUACACUUUCUAGCCAUUUUACAUUUUUGUUUUGUUUUCUUUUUAAAAAGUUACAACAUGCAUUGUUGUUUGUAAUUAUAUCCAUCAUGCCAACAGUUUUUUAAAAAUUGUAAGCAAUGAUGUGUGAUGAAAGUGAAAAUAUGUUAACUGAUAAUGUUAAUUUAUUUUUUACUGUAAAAUAUUUUUAGUUACAUUUUUUAAUGCCCCAAUAUUAAAACAAUAAAUGACAUUUCAACCUA